AUGAUGAAGGACAGGAGCGGUAAGGGCUCAAACACGUUGGGUCUUUCCACCAGCAAUUCGACCCCAGAUGUUGAUCCCCUGUCGAAUAUGACCUCUCAAAAGAGCAAUUACACGAAUGAAAUGGUGACACCACCAAGGAAAAUUGUUCAACAAGGCUGGUCAAUCGACCCAAGACCUUCUAUUUUCAACCUGACAAUAAACAAUCGCAAACCUGCAUUAGGGUACACCAAAGUCUAUGCCAACGGAAAAAGACCGGGGAUUAUUUGGAAGAUAUUCCAUACGUACAAGGAUUUACGUGAGAAAGUGGGGAUGUGCGGCAAUUGA